UUAACAUUGAAAAUAUUCCAAACUGUAUGAAUAUCAUCUGUUGCAUAAUUGAAAUGUUAUGGAUAAUUUUAUAAGUUAAAGAUUAACGGCUCAUUUCUGUCUUUGAAAUCCUUACGAAAACGAUGCGAGUUUUAUUUACUACAAUUAAUGAACACAUGUUUGUUUUAAUUUUCGGAAGUUCGAAUGCACCUUCCGAGUGCAUCAAUAAAAGUUCCUUAAUGAAUAAUUUGGUAAUCUUAUCAAAAAACGAUCAUGAAAAAUUAUUGUAACAAAGAUUAUGCUAAACUGUGUGGUAGCAACAAAUUUGAUAAGCGCAAUAACAUUUAUAAUAACAUGCGGUGAUACUUCAUCGCGUUUUUGUUUGAAGAUCCUACGGCAAAACGGAUAUAAUUCGGUGAAAAUUUACUGUAUGUAAAGAAUUUAGUUUCUUCAUUAUUCAGUGAAUAUAACGGUUUUUUUUUUGUUAUCAAACAUGGAAACAGCUACGUUUUUGUUAAUCAGUUUAGUUUUACUCGGUAUUUAUGUGUACUUCAGAAGACGUUUGAACUAUUUUAAAUCGCUGGGUGUACCUUAUGUGCCCAGUGGGCUAUUUGGCUCUUUGUCCGGUGUGAUAUUUGGCACAAAAUAUAAAAGCUACCUGUUAAGAGAACUCUACAAUUAUCAGCCAGAGGCCAAGUACAUUGGGGUGUACAAUUUUACGCAACCAAUAAUUCUAUUGAGAGAUUUAGAUCUUAUAAAAAAUUUAGCCGUCAAGCAUUUUGAGAACUUCCCAAGCCAUGUCCCCUUCGUCGACGACAUGGUCGAUCCGAUGUUCGGUGUCAAUCUGUUCAACAUGGCUGGGGAUCGUUGGAAAGAAACUCGAAACCUGCUUACUCCAACUUUCACCGGCAACAAAAUGAAGGGUUCGUUUGAACUCAUGGUCAAAUGUGGAGAGAACCUCGUGAACUAUUUAGAAGAGCUACCGGACGAGGAACGCGAAAAAAUCCCGACGAAGAACUUUUUUGGAAGACUCGCUACCGACUUGAUAGCGACCUGCGCUUUUGGAUUGCAGGUAGAUUCGCUGAAAAAUCCAAAAAACGAAUUUUUUCGCUUCGGAAUGAAUGCUUUGAGCUCCUUCACGCCCACUAAACAGGCCUGCGCUAGAACUUUCCCGAGGCUAAUGAAAUUGCUCAACAUCAAAAUUUUCAACGAUCAAACUAGAGAUUAUUUUUCAAAUAUCGUGAAAGAUACGGUGGCAAAUCGAGACGAGCAAGGAGUUACAAGAGCAGAUAUGAUUCAACUUUUGAUGAACGCUCGAAGCAAGGAGUGGAAACACAUCGACGUGACCUUGGAUUUUAUGGCAGGACAGGCGAUUACAUUUUUCUUCGGUGGCUUCGAUACAACGUCGAUGCAAAUGUGUAUACUAGCACACGAAUUGGCUCUGAAUCCGGAAGUGCAACGGCGUCUGCAAGAGGAAAUCGACGAAGUUAUGGAGAAAACCAACGGCAGUCCGACCUACGAAGCGAUCAACGGCAUGGCCUAUCUCGACGCAGUUUUCGACGAGUCCCUGAGAUGCCGUUCUCAAGUCAGUAGCAUCGACCGGGUGUGCAGCAAAGAAUUCGAGCUGCCUCCAGCCCUGCCAGGUGCCAAACCGUUCACGCUCAAGCCUGGAAUGGUGGUCUGGAUCCCAGUUCAGCCUAUUCACGAAGACCCCAAGUAUUUUACAAAUCCAGAAAAAUUCGAUCCCGACAGGUUUUAUGAAAAGAGAGUCAAUGGCGACGUUCCCAGCAAUUUUGGCUUUGGCAUUGGUCCGAGAAUUUGCAUUGGCAGAAGAUUCGCUAAAUUGGAGAUCAAAGUAUUGUUCUUUUAUAUCCUGUCAAAAUUCGAAUUUGUGCCUAAUGCAGACACUAAUUUGCCGGUCCAAUUCGACAAAUCACAGUUCAAUCAAGACUACAGCUUAUCGGUAAAAUGGAGAAAAAAGAAUCAAUAA